UUGUCUGGCUUCCUUUUUCCGAAAUUAGUAGUAGUAGAAUCAGUCAAUCGUUACUCGGUGCUCAAACUCUUUUUCCAGGAAGGUUUCAUAGAAGGAGAUGAAGGCGAGCCGACAUACAUAAUUCGACAAAAGGAAAUCGCUGAUGCCGUGGACAUUGCCAAUGCUAGCAAGGCUGGUUUUCUUCUUCGCGAAAUGGCGAUGUACCAUUGUUACUUUGAACUUCACCUUGAAAAUUUUGGACCAUACCGAAUCUGCUACACGGAUAAUGGGCGUCAUCUUUUGUUAGGUGGCAAGAAAGGCCAUAUAGCGGCAUUAGAUUGGCAAACCAAGAAACUUCAUUGUGAGAUCAAUGUUAUGGAGACAGUUCGCGAUGUUCAGUGGCUGCACACAGAAAACCUUUACGCUGUUGCUCAGCGACAUUAUACGUACGUGUACGACAAUCAGGGAACGGAGCUGCAUUGCGUAAAACAGUUACAUGAAAUCCGUCGGUUAGAAUUUCUGCCCCGACAUUUCCUCUUAGUGGGAUCUUCAGGCACUGGAUGGCUUCAUUGGCUCGAUGUCUCCAUAGGGAAAAUGGUGAUGUCGUUUCCAGCCCGCAUGGGUUCACUCGAUGUUAUGUGUCAAAAUCCCGGCAAUGCUAUCAUCCAUACAGGACACGAUAGCGGUACUGUUUGUUUGUGGUCACCUAAUGUGAAAGAACCAUUAGUAAAAAUGCUGGCACAUCAAUCUUCUAUACGAGGUAUGGAUAUAGAUCAGACGGGCAAGUAUAUGGUGACGACAGGGCUCGAUCGAAAGUGCAGGGUAUGGGAUGUACGAAUGUAUAAACAAUUACAUGCGUUUUCCCUCCCAUUCGGACUUUCAAAUGUAGCUAUCAGUCAACGUUUAGCUGUGGCAUGCGCCGUAGGUAAUACUGUGCAGAUAUUCAAAGACAUGCAUCUCGGUAUUUGUCAUGAACCCUACCUCGUCAAUCGUUGUGGUGGUCCGGCUACAGAUUUAGCCUUUGUUCCAUAUGAAGAUGUCCUUGGUGUUGGUCACGGCGGCGGAUUCACAAGUAUGCUGGUUCCAGGGUCCGGGGAGGCUAACGUUGAUGCCAUACAUGCGAACCCGUAUGAGACGAAGAAACAACGCAGGGAGAGAGAAGUGAAACAGCUCCUUGACAAAGUAAUUUAG